CGUCACCGCCGCAGCGCUUGACGCGGGUCUUAUCUUGUCGACCAUUGUCAUCUUCUUCGCGAUCACGAUGUCAGGAGUUACCAUUCCUCAAUGGUGGGGUAACGUGGAUGUGUACAAUACUGUUGAUGCAACGAAUACAGCAUGGCUCAAAACAGUACCGGAGGGUGAGACGUUCGGGCCAGCAACGUGGUAGCAUCAAGACACGGCAGGCUAUUGGAGCCUUGUGGAAGGGUCGAAUCGGUAUUUGAGAUGCACCACGUCAGCUGUUAUAUGUCUAGUAGAAAGUGACGCAGCCUCAAUGAGACACCAAAUACCAGCAUCGCAACCCAUAUUUGUCGCCUGACCCAAGCUACUUAAUUGCCAUUUAUUACUACCUACCUGCACAGUAUAUUUAAGUACUAAAAAUAUCACAGGGCCUAGAAGCAAUCUGAUUCAAUCUCCUACACAGAAGCAGUGCGUCAGAACUAUUAUAUUCAAUUUAAUCAUAUAACGAUCGUUUAAAUUGUGUUCAUUAUCAAGAAAUACGAUGGCCAUGAGCGCGGCUUCCAGCAUUCUCGGGUACCCAACCAAUUUUGGAUUACAUGCGCGCGAUCAGCAGGAUGAACCAGCAAAACCAUCUUAUGUUGUUCCAUCCAAGAUCAUUGAAAGUACUCAGAGCGCAAUAGAAUUGUAUCGUUCCGGUCAGAAGCUCUGGAGAGGCAGCGAUCUUGAACGGAUUGAAUAUGAGCUUUCCCACUCUCGGACUACCCCAUCAUUUACCAUUCGCCGCAUCGAUGGGUCAACAAUCUCGAUGAAGAACCCCAUGUUUGGUAUCGCCAAUCCUAUAUGGAAACCAUAUGUCAAAUUUCAGCAUUACUGGUAUUUAUUCAAACAAGGGCCUAAGGAUACACUUCUAGGAGAUGUUCCUCCGCAUUCAAUUCCCUAUUUUUCAUAUUACAUUGGUUGGGAGAACCGUACAUUCGUAGACUUUGUCGCGGGUGAGCACGGCUGUUUAGAAUGGCGAUUCCAGAAGGCUAAAGAGCGGUGGGGGCGGAGCUGGACAUGUGGCUGGCUCGAUGAUAAGCUCUCCAUCCUUAAAGGUCAGAGGAAGAUUACAAAAGUUCUAUGUUUUGGCUUGGGGGAUAUGACCCCUCUAUCUCGCUAUGAUACUCGUUCGGAAUUCGACGCAGAAGCUGCGCUUCACGACCUGAAUUCCAGCUUUAACCAACAUGCCGUUGCUUUAAGUAUCGCGGCGAAAAUUCGCUCGGAGACGGGCGACGACGUAGAGAUCUUCGCUCAGGAUCCUGCGUAUAGUGAGACAAGCAAGGCCCUAUUGGAGGAUAUCGGAAUUCAAGUCGUCGGCGAGCACGGCGCCGGUGGCUUCAGCAAGAUCGACUACGACUCCGUGGUGUUCUUCUGCUACCCGGCCGCUCCCGUAAGGCAGAUCAUAGCAGAUCUCGCGAGGCCGGCUAUGAUUAUCGGGAACGGCGAUGUGCAUGUCCUAAAUGAGAACCAGCCAUUCCCAUUUCCUUUCGAUGCCGAGUCUCCGCGGACAAGGGAGAUGUGGGAAGAGUACACCCGUCACGAUUUCAAGAUCAUGCAGGAAGAUGAAGAAGACUUGACGGGCUUGAGAGGCUUGAAUAUCUAUGUUCGAAAUGAUAUAGAAAGGGAUGAUUGUGUUGAUACUGAGGAUGAGAGUGACAUCGAUACUUAAGAUUUCUCGUAGAGCCAUGUAAGGGAUUUAUUACACUCUACAUGGCCAAUCACUCUUACUAUAGUUAGCUCUAUGAGAUGAGGUCAUUUCGACCUAAGUUAUCGAUGGAAGGGAUGGCAUUCUAGGUAGCUUCAUACCUAACUCUCGGAGUAUCGAGGUAAGGGAAAAAUCAAAUAGUUGA